UUCACAAACAGAAAUUUGGAACCGAAAACUACCUCAUUAUUGAAACUUCGCCAUUAUUAUCUCCAGAAUGAGAAGGAUGUUUCGACAGAAAGAAACCAAUUCGUCAUUGCAUCCAUCUGCUGUGGCUCCAGCUUAUACAAUCGAUAGAUAUUCUUCCUAUUAUCCGAUGAAUCAUACAAAUCGUGGGAAGGCCAUCAUUUUCACGCACGCAGAAUUCAAUGUUCAAAAUGUAAAACUACCGAAGCGCGAAGGUGGUGAAGUGGAUUACAUUACUAUGAACGAAACAUUAGAACGACUAGGAUUUGAUGUGCAUAUCUAUAAGGACAAACGAUUGAAAGAAAUUCUCACGAUAACCAAAGAAGUCUCUUCUAUGGACCAUUCGAAUAGCGAUUGCAUCCUAGUUGCUGUUUUGACCCAUGGUGAUGAAGGUGAAAUAAUAUACGCGUAUGAUUGUCCGUAUCAAAUUUCGAGCGUAUGGACGCAAUUCACCGGGGAUCACUGCCCGUCGCUAAUAGGAAAACCUAAAAUCUUCAUUAUACAAGCCUGUCGCGGGAAUGAGUUGGACUGUGGUGUAAAAGUGGAAAAAGAUGGUGUAGCGCGCUAUAGUAUUCCAACACACGCCGAUUUCCUUUUCGCAUUCGCCACUAUUCCCGGUUUUAUGUCGUUCCGCAACACCAAAAAUGGCUCUUGGUUUAUACGCGAGUUGUGCAACGAACUCAAUGAAAAUGGUCAAAAAUACGACAUCUUAACUCUUCUUACCUUCGUUGUGCAAAAAGUUGCCUAUGGGUAUGAGUCUAUUGCACCAAAUACACCAGAGUUUCACCUCAAAAAACAGACUCCAUGCAUAGUUUCAAUGCUAACGAGGCUUCUGGUGUUCAAUUGUGUUUAAAUCUAACCAUAAAUAUAGAAUUAAAAAUAUAUGUCAGUCACAUACGCAAGUCAGUACGCAACUGGAUUGCUUUUAAGUGAAAUUGUUUAGUAUAUAAUAUUAUUUUUAUGAAAAGUUAUGCUUCCUUUGCUAAAAUUACACAUAACAAAUCUUUUUGU